AUGCCACAUAAUCGAAAGUAUAGGACAUAUAAAUUUGGAGCGCCAUUGAGACGAAGUCAAUGCGGCAAAGUGGCGUCCUGUUUUUACAGUUGCCUGGGAUGUGCCCGCAACGUGGCUGCCGCUGCUGCUCCAGAUGUCAAUUCACAUGAAGAGUCAACUACAGUGCUACCUAAUUGCCAAACCUAUCGGCAAGUAACAGGCUCCGGCUUCAUUGCCGGCUCAGCGCCCGCAAGACGUGUCCCAGUGCUCUUCUCCACGAAUCGUGGUUUGUAUUUGCGCGUGGCGAGGCCAGCAUCGAUGCUGGGACCAGUUUUCACUGCUACUAAUCAACAUUACGAUAUUAACUUUUGCGAUCUAGAGCGUUGGAGCACAAAUCGUGCGAAUGUGAUCAGCCUCGAGGAUACGUUUAGCAUGCUGCAGCCGCAGCAGCAGGGGCAGCACCUAAACAGCUUUGCGGUUUAUAACAUACAGCGCUAAGCUGCGUUCUUUAAUCGAGAGC